UUGGACGAUUCUGUCUUACUUCUUUGGCGGGCUUUGCCUCCCGAUCUCCGCGGCAGUCUUCUCCUUCCGUGGUCUCCAUGCUAUACCCGGCGAGUUUCAUGCUCCGUUAUCACGCUUAAGAUCAGAUGCUCGAAAUGUUUAUUCAUGUGUUGCAAAGCUGAAUGAUUUGAUGUACUGAAGUUUUGAUACUGUAGGACAUAUAUAGUAAACUACCAGGUGCCUCUAGUGUAAAAACGUAACAGGAGUAAUUUCAUAGUACUCUGUCGUUUAGUCACGUGGGUAUUCGCUAUUCAAUGACUAUGCCUGUACUGCCAUCGACUUAUGUGGAUGAGACGUAAAAUUAAUUGACAGAAAGCUGAAGUUGAUUUUUACAAGAAGUCGUGUAACAGAUUUUAAUGGAAUUAUUUGUGUUGUAUGAUAUAAAAAGGUCAUUUGGAAAGAUGUUUUGGAAAGUGGAUAUCUUACUUUUUUGGAUUAUUUCUACGACAUCCCAUGAGAUUGCUUCUAUGAUUAAGAUUUGGGUUUCCCUCAGCGCGCGUGUGCAUCGACGCCGGAUAUUGUCGUUUAGGAAAAGCUUAAUUGCGAUUUCCUCUGAUGUGACGAGCUGUUCGACACCGGAGCCUCCAAGGAGCCAUACAGGAAGUGGUCGUUUACUUUUGCUGGGAUCGUGGCGGACGACGAAUACUGGCUUGUGUACUGCUCCGGAUGAGUCACAACUGCCUCCGCAAACAUCUGUCUCCCAUUCAUAAUGCAUUGAAAACCUCCCACUUUCCUACCGCGGGAAGAGAGGCGAAGUAGUACGAGCCUGUGAGCUUGUUCCUUUCCUCUCUCAACAGGAGGCGCCAGCAUCGUUGUGUCCUCCCAUUCCUUUCUCUUGGCAUGGUGCCAAAGAUAUCGGGCGGGCUCAGGGUAAGAUGAGAGGGAGGAGGGUAGCAGCUUUAACCCAUGGUUGGAAGAACUGAAAUUUUGGAUACCCAAGGACACCCUGAGAACCUAAUGAAGCCCCCCUUAAGGAAUCUCCAGAUUCCUGGAAUGGCUACGUCGAUACGUACUGACAAGUUGUGGCUCGAAACCUUCUGGAGACGUUACGUUUGGUGCAUGAAAAUCAGGAUGAAGUAGCGCGUGUUCUUGAUGUUCUCAGUUCAAUUUCGGAAGAUUAUGAUCCAGCUGUCAGAAUAGAACUCGUAGUGCAACUUCCAAAUAUAGCUGCAUAUUGCAAAGAAGCCGCUUUAAAUUUCUCGAUUCAACAGUAUUUGGUUCCAAUGCUAAUAAGUUAUUUAGGCGAUGAAAACAGUACAGUACGACAAACUGCUCACUCUGCUCUUAUAUCUUUAAUCGAACAAAAAUUAAUAGACACUGAUACUGUGAGUAAGAAAUUUUGUCCUCUUAUAUUGCAUCUAACAGAAAAUAUCCAUCCGGAAGAUAUAAGAACAGAAUCAAUUGUGUUGAUGAGUAAAUUGGCUGUUUUAUUGGGCAAAGAUGUUGCAGAAGAACUCUUUCUGGAUCGCCUCUUCUCUUUAUGUGCUGAUAAGGCAAAUAAUGUUCGAAAAGCUUGUGCUUCAACAUUUGGUGAUUUUUGUACUACUGUAGGAAGGGAAACUACAGAGGAGUUGCUACUGCCAAAAUUUGUCAAUCUUUGUGAAGAUCAAGCUUGGUGCGUUAGGAAGGCAUGUACUGAGAACUUCAUGCCUGUGUCAUGUGUUGUAUCCCGAGAAACUCGUUGCAAUGAGCUUGCUACUCUGUAUAUGUAUCUGUUGUCUGAUCAAAGUCGUUGGGUUCGUUUAACUGCAUAUCAAGCUUUGGGACCUUUUAUUUCAACAUUUGCAGAACCUGACAAAACUGGUUUAUACUAUAGUAAAGAUGGAGUUUUAACAGUAGUUGAUGUCCCAUAUUUGCCUGCAGAGCAAACAGCUUCUGAACAGCGUGAUACAGCAGAGAAAAAUGUAGAAAACUGUAGUACUGUGUGUGAAAACUCAGAGACUUCAAAUUGUAAUAAUUAUUCUAGUUUAGACAGGACUAACUCUUCCAAAACCUGUGAUAGUGUAGUUCCUCUGUGCAGCACAGAAGCAAAACUUUCUGCCUCGGAAAUUCCAGGUAAUUCGUGCCAUGUUGGUAAUUAUUGUACUGUGAUAGAAGUAAACUCUUCAAAUCUGACAUCAUCCACUGUAGCAAAAGAAAAUGUCGAAGAUGAUACUACUGACUGUCUAUCUAAGAAAAAUGGUAUACACUGUGAUUCUGAGCAUACUUUAUCUAAUAAAUUAAAUUCUGGAGGUGAUAGUUGUUCUGUUGUAAAUUCUCAAACUACCAUUGAAAUAAAUCAGAAGUGUCACAAAAGCCUUGAAACAACUGGUAUUAACUUUAGUGUGGAUGAAAAAGAAUUCAAUAAUGUGGAUGAGAAAGGAUUUAAUAAGUUUUGGUAUGAAUUUUUAUUUGGACCUAAGAAUGAUUCUAUACCUAAUGGUGAUUUGUUGAAUGAUACAAAUGGGGAAGAAAGUGCUAUAGAAAAUCAUUUAGAUUCCAAUAUUGUACAAAAUGGUAUUAAUUCUGAAGUAGAGUCUGCUUCCUUACGUUCUGUUACUGUAAAUGGAAUAAGUAUAAGUUCAUCUGCUGCUCUGUCUGGACCAACAAAUUGUGAAGUUAUUCCUGUACUCAGUUGUAAUGCAUCUGUGAAUGAAAAUACUUAUUUAAAGAAAUCCUUUCCCGUUAAUAAAUCACAUAUAGAAAAACAAGAUCUAGAUUCUCAUUCAAUUGAAAUUGUGCAUUCCAUUGAAAACAUUUGUUCUCAAGAACAGAAGACAGACAUUAGUGACAUCCCAAGUGCAACUUCCCCAGGUUCCCAUCAGGAAUCUAGCUGCUUAAAUAGUAAUCAGAAGUGUGUUGAAGAAGUUUCUAUUAAGUUCAAAGUAAAUGAAGAAUCAUUAGUUGAUGAAAGUGCCUUUAAUAGUUUUCAGUAUUGGCGCACUCCUCUUCCUGAUGUUGAAAUUGAUGCAGCUUGUAAGGAUUGUAAUGUAGACGGCGCGGCAACUCUUAUGUUUAAAUCUUCCAAUGAUGACAGUGCAUUUUAUGAACAGUUUUUCCCCAAGAGAAAUAUUAAGAAGUUGGAUGAUUCUUUUGUACAGACAGUGAGCAUAACUAGUGGAAAAUCAAAUUUUAGCAAUUUGGGGUGUACUGUGAAAUCAUCUGAGCAAACAUCAGAAAAUAAGGAAGGGGAACCUCCUCCUUCAACAAAGCAGCUAUCUGUCAAGGAUCAGGAUAUAGUACCUCCUGAUCUUUUGUCUCGAUAUUUAAACAUGACCGAUGCUACUUGGGCUCAAACGAUAGAUGCAGAAAUUGCUCGCCAUUGUGCCUACAGUCUGCCCGCUGUUGCUCUUACCUUAGGUCGCAGGUUCUGGCCAUGUCUGAAGGAAGCUUUUGAUGCACUCUCUUCAGAUUUGCAGGGAUUCAUUAUGAUGUGGAAAGUGCGUCGUACUGUUGCCUCUUCUAUGCACCAACUAGCUGUGAUAUUAGGUCCGGACAUAACAUCCAGGGAUCUUUUACCUGUUUUCUCACGAUUUAUUACAGACCUGGAUGAAGUGAGAGUUGGGAUAUUACAACACAUGUAUGAAUUUCUUAAGGUGUUACGGCCUGAGGAACGAAGAGGAUUUCUUCCAAGUUUACCCGAAUUUCUUGUUUCCUCAAGUGAUGCUGAUAGCAAUGAAAAGAACUGGAGAUUCCGUCUUAUUCUUGCAGAGCAGUUGGUAUUAGUAGCAGACUUAUUUGAACCUGAAGACGUCCGAGAACAUUUGGUGCCUCUUACUCUAACUUUGAUCAGGGAUAAAAUCUGUGAAGUUCGUCGGGCUGCAGUGCGAGUUAUGGCUGCUGUGAUGAAGAGAAUGAGUCAGAGUCCUACACCAGUAUUGACCAAGGCAGUUUUAACUGAACUUGCUGAAAAAUUUGUUCAGGCUCCAAAAUGGUUGCACCGUCAAUUAUACGUAUACAUUUGCCAAGAAUUCGUUGUUAAAAAUUCCCUUCCUCCUGACCAAUUUGCUGAAGAUGCUUUACCACAGCUACUCUAUUUAUGUUGGGAUAGAGUUCCUAAUGUCCGAAUAGCAAUUGCAAGGUGCUUAGCAGUCUAUAUAUGGCCUCUAGACACAUUCUCCAAUCCAGAUAGUCCACAUAGGGAUCUAUUACUGCAAACUAUACAUACUCUUCAAUGUGAUUCAGAUGCAGAUGUUAGGUUUUAUGCUAACAUGGUCUCAACGCAUGAAUGUUCCUGUCUCCAGCAUGGGGAAUUUGCAAAUCUGAUAGAGCCUCCUGUAUGAUAUGCAUUUAAGUGUAAAAUCAUGUCUAGUCAUUUCUUGACUGGUAAUACCAUCAGAUGGAUAAAAAUGACAAAAGUGGAGAAGAUAUUGCCAUAGAACCUGUGUGAGGAAAGUCAAAAGAUCUGUGCUCAAGGUUUUUCCAAUAUCAAAAGACUUGAAAUUUUUGUACGUGUAAUAAUAAAAUAUUGCAAUUUGUAUGUUUAUACAUAGAUCUGCUAAAGGUACAAAAGUGAAUAAGUUACAUAGAAUAAUUUGAAAGAUUUGAAAUAUAUCAAGAUUUUUAGAAUAGCUUUGAUUUUAAUGUGUAAAGUAUUUAUGAUUUCAGCUUUUAGUGAUCUAAAGUACACUUUUUGUGUUUUUUCAGUAGUUUUAUAAUGUAAAGAAUAUUGAUUUUAUAUUUUUAGUUUAUACCAAAAAUAAUCAGUGCUCAAUUAAAUGUUGACCUUUAUUUACAAGUUUGCUAAAUUAAUGUCUGGUUAAAAAUGUUCUGUUUUAUCAUAUACAAAAUUGAAAUUAUUUGUAAAAAAAAACAUAUCUGCAAUCUGUUUUUAUAUGUAGCAAAUCCAUUUUUAUUACAUUAAAAUUUCAUAUUAUUUCAUUGUACUUAAAUCAUUUUUGUCUUUUUAAAUAAAUUGAAAUUACUUUAGA